CUUUCUUUCAAUUGAGUAGUUUGCAUAUCAAAUCUCCGCAUUUAAAAAUACAAUGGAUCAAUUAACAGAAAUCGAUAGAGAUGAUUUGCCUCUGCUUAAAAGUCUGUACACUCCAGAUGGAUCGAAAUGUUACGUAACUUAUACAACGAUCGAUACCUACAUUCGAUGGUUUCAGACAGACCCAAAUAUAAAACACAUACAGUUUUUCUGCCUAAACGGCGAUUUGUCGCGCGGUACAUUUGUCGUAACGGAUCGUCGUACCGCAUAUGCUGACACGCUCAGUGAGUGUACAGAAGAGCUUUUACGUUUGUUGCUGUUGAUUGAUUAUUCGAAAGGAUAUUAUUUUACAAGUCUGAAUGAUCGUACCGCAUCGGUUAGAGAAGCCAUCAAACAGAAAAAUUUGGAAAUCAACACUGAUCAUACAAGUUUAUUGUAUUAUUUGCCGAAGGAAAAAGCACUGGAGUUUGUUGUUCAGCCUCCAGAAGGAAUCGAGCUUAAACCAGUGACGAAACUGUCUGAUUUUCAAAAAGCAUUUGCGGCAUGGUUCGGGGCUGAUAGUCUGAGUUCGAUACGACUGUUUCAACGAGUUGGGAAGUAUAAUCCGUGUGUAGGUGCAUUUUUGGAAAACGAAACUUUGGCAUCGUGGGUUUUUAGAUUUUUAUCUGGUCUACUGAUGGCAUUGCAAACUGACAAAGACUAUUUUGGAUACGGCUAUGCAUCCCUGGUGGUAAGAGCGAUUUUGAAACAAAUCGCCGAAUUAGGUCAUGAUAUAACUGCCGGCGUCUUGGAAGUAAACACACCAUCGAGGAACUUAUUCGGAAAACUUGGUUUCAAAGUAAUUGGAUCGAAAUCGAGCAUACGCCGAAACUCUCAAUGCAUCCCAUGAAAAUCUUUCUCGAUUACUGCAACUUAUCGAUUACUCCAAGGGUUACAUUUUCUUGGCAAUUCGAACGGAGAUUCGACCAGUUUUGAAAUCAUCGCUGCAGAAUGCAAAUGUUGAAAUUGUUUCUGACAAUGAAACCAUUCUCUAUCACUUGCCCAAAGAAGAGGCCUUGAAAUUUAAUGUAGAGUAAGAUGAUCUCGAAUUUAAUUCCAAAUCGUGCUUGGUUCCCAUUUGAAUGAUAAUUAAUGGGAAAAUUUACAAUUUAGACCACCAGAAAAUAUUGAAUUACGUCCAUUAAUAGAGUUAAAUGAUUUGGAAAAAGUAAGCAAAAUGUGGAUCCAAGGCCGUAGCGUGAAUGAAAAGACAGGGGGGGGCUCAGCCCCGAAGAUUCAAAAACUCAAUUCAAAUAUUAUUUUUGGUUUUUUAUUUAAGUAACAAGGAAACAUUUAUUUAUAUAUUAUAUAUUCGGAAAAUUGAAUCACAUAUUAUUGCACAUUAAAAUAAACGGACGCGUCGAUUUUUUUUUGCAUCGAAUUCCUUCAAAAUUUACAUGUUAUCAAUAUUUUUCAAGCGUUCCUUUUCAAAUGCCAAAAAAGUCAGGUUUUUCAUUCGAUCACAUGCCAUGCUGAUUCGUCCCGGAAUGAUUCGGUUGAGCGUUGAGAAUGAUGAUUUACAAAUGACUGUAGAACAGCCAAAUGUUUCUACGGCUUCAAUCAAUUGGCAAGUGUCUGUAAAUGUGCUUCCUAACGGUGAAAUAGUUUGAAGGAAAUUGAAAUUUGCACCUUCUUCUUCACAUUUUGCUUUGUUGGUUUGAUAAAAUUACUUCACAAAUUUCAGUUCACUUUCUUCUGGAACUUUGGUCCCAACAUCUGCGAUUGGCAUAAGGUCAAAUUCGAAUACAGAAUCCAAUGCGAUCAGAACAUCCGAAUUUUCCUUGAAACGACGCGACAUUUCAGACAAAGUCAAAUCCAGUAUUUUAUCAAACGCGUGUCGUUGUUUUUCUUCAUUUUGUGAAUUUGAUUGUACGUGACUGCGAGUAACACUUGCAGAAAGCAACACAGGCUCAUCUGGCUCACUUUCACUUAGAAGAAUCGUAGCUGACUGAAUGUAAUUGUUGAAGUUAUUUUCGUCUUUCAUUUGUUCAAUGUCAUUAAUGACUGUGUCAAUAAUUGGUUUACCGAUUUUGUAGCCAACACUGCGACUUUGUAGCAUUUUAUCAGCUGGUGCGAUUAGCUCAAACAAAUCUUUAAAAAAAACCAACAAAGUAUUUGACUGCGAUAUAAACGAACGUGAUUUGAUAUUUGUUUGAGAUUGAAGUGAAUCAUUCGUUCGUUGAGUAAAUUUCAAUCCAUUUUUGCAUUUGAUUAUGUGGCGUAAUGUUUCUAAUUUUUCAAUAAGAAUCGCCAAACUCCAGGGGGCUCAGAAAAUUCCAGAGGGGGCUCAGCCCCUUGCGCCCCUAUGGACGCUACGGCCCUGAUUUUAAUGAAUUAUAAACUGAAACUGAUGUCAAAACAGAUAUGCAAUUCUAAAUAUAAAUAUAAUUUUAAAGUAUAGAGGAAUGUACCCAUGUGUGGAACGUACCCAUGAGUGGGAUACCGCCAUAUUUUUGAUAGAAUUAAAUGCUAUCACAAAAAGUUGUUCUAUGAAAGUUUUCUUUUUAUGAAUAAAAACUUUUGAUGGUAUAUAGAUGAGAAUAGACUCAUGCGAAUUGAACGAAGUAGUCAAAUUUUGUCAAAAAAAGUGUUUUGAAGAUUUUUUCAUGGGUGCAGAAAUACGAUUUCUUCUGGUGAUUUCAAUGUGAUUUUAUGUUACAAGUAUAAGGUAAGGAUUGUAAUUUAGCAUAGCAAUUGAAAAUGCGACUUAUCUGCUUUUGAAUUUUUUUCCUAUUUGCGCAACGUCUCUUUUUUGUUUACAUUUUCGC